AUGGCUGGUUUAAGGACAUUUGAUGCUUUUCAAUUUGGUAACUAUUUUGGCGGUUACGUAGAACAACAAUAUGUUGUGGAUCCCGAAAUAAGAGAAAAUGUGCAAAUCAAUCUAGAUUUAUAUGUCCAUCUAAAAUGUGAAUACAUUCAUGUCAAUGUUAGAGAUUCCACGAUGGAUAGAAAGAUUGCUUCCGAAGAACUACAGUUUGAAGAUAUGCCAUUUUUUAUCCCUUAUGAUGUCAGAGUCAAUGAUCUGCCACAUAUUAUUACCCCAGAGAUGGAUGAAAUCUUGGGGGAGGCAAUUCCUGCUGAAUUUAGAGAAAAGAUUGAUAUGAGAAGUUAUUAUGAUGAAAAUGAUCCAGAUACUCAUCAUCAUUUACCUGAACUUAAUGGUUGUCACAUAUUUGGUUCUGUACCAGUUAAUAGAGUCUCAGGUGAAUUGCAAAUUACUGCCAAAGGUGUUGGUUACAGAGAUAUUAGGACUACUCCGUCUGAACUAAUUAAUUUUGCACAUGUGAUUAAUGAAUUUUCCUUUGGUGAUUUCUACCCUUAUAUCGAUAAUCCAUUAGACGCCUCGGCUAAAUUUGAUAUAUCUGAUCCCCAAGCAGCUUAUGUUUACUAUACCUCAGUGGUGCCUACGAUAUAUCAAAAAUUGGGUGCAGAGGUAGAUACGAAUCAAUAUUCUGUUUCUGAAUAUCGUUAUCAUAGUAAUGAUGGUUCCAUGAUACAUUCAGGGUAUGUGCCAGGUAUCUUUUUUAGAUACAAUUUCGAGAGUUUGACUAUUGCUGUUAUGGAUAAAAGAUUAACAUUUUUACAAUUUGUCGUUAGAUUAGUGGCUAUAACAUCAUUUGCAAUUUAUAUUGCAUCAUGGCUUUUCACUCUAAUAGAUUUGUUUUUGGUUACUUUUAUAGGACCUAAGUGGUCAUUACAUUAUCAACCAGAUAUUCAAUCCCAUGGGAUUCUGGAAUAG